GCAGCUUCAUUUCCGUUACUUUCCAACACCGAGAAACACAGAGCACAGAUCCAGCCCAGAAUCUAGAGAGAGAAACACGUCCCCCAAAUCUAGAGAGAGAAGCACCCUCAACAAUGUCGUCCUCCUUCGACACUUACUCUCUCGACGCCGACGACUCAUCUCUCCCCUCCUCUCGCCCCUUCGACGACGACGACUACUCUUACACCGCUCCUCCGCCGCAAUUCGGCUCCGGCGCGUUUCCCGACGAUGAUGUCACCGUCGAUCACGUCUCCAGUCCCGAUCCGUUCGGCUUCGGAUCCGAUCCGAAUGCUGGAUACUCCGAAGCGGCGCCGGUGUCUAACGGAAAUGGAAAAGCGUAUGAUUUAGGAGAGGAUGCUGAUGGAAUAUUCAGUGGAGAUGGACCGGUGCUUCCGCCUCCCGGAGAUAUGGUGGAGGAAGGUGCUGCGUUGCGCCAGUGGCGUAGGGAGAAUGCAAUUCGUCUUGAGGAAAAUGAGAAGAGGGAGAAGGAAUUACGCAACAAAAUUAUUGAAGAAGCCAUAGAAUUCAAGAACAUAUUCUAUGAGAAAAGAAAGGUUCAGAUUGAUGCUAAGCGCGACAGUAACAGAGAGAAAGAAAAGUUGUACUUGGCUAAUCAGGAGAAAUUCCAUAAAGAGGCUGACAAACAAUACUGGAAAACAAUUGGAGAAAUUAUUCCUCGUGAGGUUCCAAAUAUUGAGAAGAGAGGCAAGAAAGAUAAAGACAAGAAACCUUCUAUUACUGUUAUACAGGGCCCCAAACCUGGGAAACCUACUGAUCUUUCAAGAAUGCGUCACUUGCUAUUGAAGCUGAAGCAUACUCCACCACCUCACAUGAUACCGCCUCCACCAGCUCCUGCCAAGGAUGCCAAAGAUGUAAAAGAUGGAGAGAACGUGAAAAUUGCAAACGGGGCUACUGCUGGUGUCGAGCCUGUCGCACCAGUGAAAGAUGUUGCCUCUGCGGAAUCAAAUGCCUCUGACCAAGAAACUCAGGUUGCAGCUGAAAAUCUUGCGAGCUAGGUGAUCAGCCCGUAUGCUAUUCUGGCCAAAUCUUUUAGCGUUUGAUUUGCUAUGCCCAAAAUUGAACUUGCUUCAGUUGUAUGCUUCGGGUUCAAGAUGAGACAAGGUGUCAUCUGUUCGACUACUUAAAUUUUAAGUCUGUUUUUUUAGUAGUAUAGUAUUCAUACAGUACUUUGAGCUUUCCAUCAGUCUGAUAUAUAUGUUUCGUUGUACCCUGUGCUUUACAUGUUUGUAAUCAUCCUGCCUCAUUUUUCCUGUACUUUUGACAUGUUUGUAAUCAUCCUGCCUCAUUUUUCCGACA